UGAAAAGGUCAUAACCUACGUCAUUUACAGCCUUUGUUAUCUGCGGCUAAAGACUUAAACUUGUUGCCUCUGAAAGGAAGUGCAAGAUGAAAAAGAAAAAAAUGAAUGACGCAUUAUAUAUAUUGAUUUUGAUAGGCCUUGUCGCUUCGUCAGAAUCACUUCAAUGUUACAGCUGCUCAAAUGUUGCCAAUAUAGAUGGAUGCAAUGUCACAAGGUCGUGUUCAAUUGGUCAGUCCUGUUACCGCAAUGUGUCACUCGGGGAACAAAGUCUCGGCUGUGUUGACAAUAAGAGAUGUGAUUCACAUGCUGCAGUUUCUACAAUAGUUGGGCGAAGUGUUGUUUUUAGGAAAGCAUCAACGUGUUUCGAAUGCUGUUCCACUGAUCAUUGCAAUACCGCCCUAUGUCACAAUACCGACACUAAGGUGUGUAUGGAUGAUGAAUCUGUGGACUGUGCAAGAAUGAACUCUAUAUUCAGUAUAUGUAGUGAUAUUCCGCACGCACGAAGUGUAUGCCCAAGCUUUUGUGGACUAUGUAAUGUCGUUGACGGCAACUGGUCUUUAUGGUCAUCUUGGAGCACAUGUGAUGUUACCUGUGAAAACGGACACCAGACUAGAACCAGGACAUGCACAAAUCCAGCACCAAAGCAUGGCGGCCUCGAUUGUGUUGGAAGUGGAAGUGACACGAAAGGAUGCCACAAACAACAGUGUCCAGUUCAUGGUGGAUGGAGUGUAUGGUCACAGUGGGGUACAUGUUCAGUAACAUGUGGCAUGGGCUUGCAACGUCGUACAAGGACUUGCUCUAAUCCGCCUCCAAGUCUUGCUGGAAAUCAUUGUUUCGGAGACAGGUCUGAAACACAACUGUGUAUGCCAGCUCCUUGUGCAAACGGUGGUUGGAGUGACUGGACAUCAUGGAGUUCAUGCAGUGCAACUUGUGGUGGAGGAAUACGGUCUCAAACGAGGUCAUGCUCGAAUCCUCCUCCUUCACCUUAUGGUCAAUAUUGUCUUGGGUCACAUGACAGAGUUGAAUCAUGUGCAAAUAAUAACUGUGAAACGAAACACUGCGCAACCAAUCCUUGUGUACACGGUCAAUGUUUUGAAGUUCUUCACGAUUUCCUUUGCUCUUGUGACCAUGGCUUUGAGGGUCGUUACUGCAAUAGUUCUGCGAGUCAUUGCCAACCUGACCCAUGUAUCAAUGGCCCUUGUGUUGACAUGCUAAAUGAUUACACAUGUAACUGUUAUCAUGGUUUUGAAGGACGACAUUGCAACACUUCAAGUUCACCAUGCAAGUCAAACCCAUGUAAACAUGGUCAAUGUUAUGAAGGUAAAACCGGAUAUUAUUGUGCUUGUGAAGAUGGUUUUGGCGGAAAGCAAUGCGAUAUAUCGGACUAUUACUGUAAAUCAAAUCCGUGCAAAAAUGGCAUAUGCAUUUCUGGACAUUCUGAUUAUUCAUGUAACUGCAGUGAAGGAUUUUAUGGAAAACACUGUGACGUCACAAAUGCAACGGACUGUUAUGAUAUUAUGCAGAGGAAUAUAGCACGUAAGAAUGGUUUGUAUAACGUCACUUUAUGGAGAUCUAAAGAGCUGAAGGAAAUAUACUGUGACAUGGACUCAGGCUUGGGUGGAUGGACGGUUUUUCAAAAUCGAUUUGACGGUUCGGUCAAUUUCACCAAAAAUUUCAAAGAAUAUAUUCUCGGAUUUGGGAAUAAUACAGGAGAAUUUUGGCUAGGAUUAAAGUAUUUAGAGGAAAUGACUGCACAAGGAGCAACAGAACUUAGAAUAGAAUUGACAGCAGCGGACAACACAUAUGCUUACGAAAUAUUUCAAAACUUUCAUAUUGGUGAUCAUCCCGGAUACGAACUCCAUAUAGACAAAGGAACUGGAAAGGCAGGUGAUACAGGCACUGGACUAAGCUUUCACAAUGGAAAGCCGUUUUCUACAUAUGAUCAUGAUGAUUCGAAAAAUUGCGCAAAACAGUAUCAUGGUGGCUGGUGGUAUUAUAAUUGUGGAUAUGUAAACUUGAAUGGGCAAUAUUACACACCAGGAUCAAACCAUGGUUACCAAGCUAUUGUGUACUCUGAUUUCAAAGGCAUUGAAUCUUUACAAUCAACGAAAAUGAUGUUCAGACGAUUAUAAUGCUUAGUUUAAAACCGGCAACAACCUAUUUAUUAUAUGCUUUUUAAGUGGACAGUGAAAUUGUAUUUUAUAAUUUCACGGUAAAAUUAUGAAAAUAGCCGGACUAGAAAA